AUGCCUAAUGAGGACGAAAUUUUUGUCUUCAGGAAGCGGCUGCUCGAGCAGCAGCAGAAGAGGCAGUGGAGAUGGACGUCGAAUCCGACUCAGAUGAGGAACAUCAAGAAAUCAACAAUGAGGGGGAUAGAAGUGAGACAACUCGUUGCAGUCCUUCACUCUCAGGGCGAAGUUGAUUUUCCAGAUAGCCACAAUUGAUCAAUUUUGCAGAUUGAAAAUGAAGAAGGAGAGAAAACGGAGCCACAGAAAGCCCCGUAUGAGGUGAAUCAGCCAGUGCCAGUGCCACCAUCUGAAGAAACUGUGGUGAUCCGAGAGUACGAUCCUAAGAAAUCUAUUGCUGCCAGAAAAGCGGCCGACAAAUGGAUCAUUUCGCCAUUAACUGGUGAACGAAUACCUGCCGACAAACUUCAGGAACAUAUGCGUUACAACACUGUGGACUCGCAGUACAAAGAGCAGCGUGAAAGGGAAUUAUCGGAUCGAAAUGAGGAGGAACCAGUUUAUGCGCCUGGAGCUGAUAUCAGUACGAAUAUUGGCAAAUUCGCAGAGCGUCGUACGGAUAUUUUUGGCCAUGGUGCUGAGCAGACUAUUAUUGGUAAAAAGGUACCUACUAAUGCGCUUUUAUUGAUUGUGCUUGAUAAAACUUUUGUCUUUUCACAGCUUGGUGAAGAAGAAGAGGCACCACGUGGGCCCGACCCGAAGCUUAUUUGGGACGGGCAACAGUCAACAAUCGAUCAAACAACAAAACUGGCGCAGCAGAGCGUUACACUUGGUACUUCUUUGUUCAGCCUUUGGAAAAUAUCCUUUUUUCUGUUGUGUUUCCAAUCUCCAUAG